CGAAUGCAAAAUAAUUUUUAAAUUUGAAUUUUUUUGGCCCUUGCAGAUAUUACGGCAACGAAAUGUAACAUUGAAAUAAAAUGUAACUUUUCUAAAACUUUGCGUCAACUCGAUGAAACAAAUUUAUAUUUCACUCCAAGCAUUUUGCACAAUCUUGCGUUGAUUUAGAUUAGCAGUGGUAUAACCGUGUCGGCUAGACCGAACCUACCUAGCUGCUCAAUCCGCAGUUAAUGCUGACAUAGCAGGGACGAUGGCGCUGAUAAGACUCCGUGGAGGGCGGUUGGCGUGGCUCGCCCUGACGUGCGUGUGUGUCGUGGUCGUCUACAUCGUGUCUUCUAACAGACUCUUGGACGUGCGAGACAGAGUGCUGCUCAGGCAACUCGUCGAUGAUGCUGUGGAGAGCGGCAAGUCCCUGAGAUCAGCCAGUCCUGGCCACAUCGCAUGUCAGCGCCCCAGUCUGCCCGUGCUGAGCGAUGACGUGAUGCGGUUCUUCCACGCGGUUGACGCGCUGCAGUGCGACGCUGAGCCUGACUGGGUGACCGUCAGGGGCAGCGUCGCUACCAUCUCCACGCAGGCCAAGCUCAGACACGCUGGUGACAUCAAGUGCGUUUUUACUGACGUGAUACGCCUGCCUGACGACGACAGCGUCGAGGACGGCGCAUCGGUCACCACAUCCACAAAUUUCACCUUCACCGCUUCCGACUUCGCUAAGGUCUCGUGCACUGCUGCGGACGGCCAAAAGUGGCACUCGGUGGCAGCUGGCAUCCGCACCAGAGCCGUCCAGCCCGCCAGGAGCUGGGCUGACAUUCCUAAAGACAGCCUGGGCGUGAGUGUGCUGGCGCUGGGCCUGGACUCUCUGUCGCACAACACCUUCAUCAGGACGCUGCCCAAGACAUAUGAUCGCCGUGGACGCACGGAGCUGGAGCUGCCGGAGACGCGACGUCGCGUGGGCAGCUCCGCCCAGCGCGUCGACGUCUACCCCUUCAUCUGGAACAACUUCAGGGAAGCUGGAUACGUUACGAUGUACGCUGAAGACCAGCCCCUAGCUAGCACCUUCAACUACCGCCUACGAGGCUUCGAGACGCCCCCGACGCACCACUACAUGAGGCCCUACUACCUCGCCCUCCAGCAGCAGAUCAGCCGCCAUGCCAACCUCUGCGUCAGGGCCAAGCCAAGACAUCAGGUGUUCUUGGACUACGUGCACAACUUCAUGCUGUCGUACCGCUCGUCCCCGGUGUUCGGCUUCACGCUGCACGGCGAGCUGAGCCACGACGACGUCAACCUCGUCAGCGUCGCCGACGACGACCUGAUGGCGCUGCUGGCGCGGCUACACGGCGACGGGCUGCUUGACAGGACCUUGCUCAUGGUCUACGCUGACCACGGCCACAGGUUUGCGUCCAUACGCAGCACGCAGCAAGGCAAGCAAGAGGAGCGACUUCCUUUCGUAAGCUUCGUCGUCCCUCAAACGAUCAAGAAAAAUUUUCCAGCAGCCUACCAGAACCUAGUAGCGAACACGGAGCGGCUGGUGACGCCUUUCGACGUACACGCGACGUUGGCCGACGUCCUGCACUACACGGGCGCCAGGCUGGGCCAGACGUCGAGUCGUGCCAUAUCUCUCUUUAGCCAGAUCCCCGCGACGCGCACGUGUAGCGACGCGUUCAUAGAGCCUCACUGGUGCGCGUGUCUGACGUGGGCGCCGGUGGCCGUGACAGAGCCGCGCGUGGGGGAGGCCGCCGCGGCGCUCGUGCAUUACAUCAACUCCUUCACUGCCCCCCAUCGCGGCCUGUGUCGCGAGCUCCAGCUCCAGUACAUACAACUCGCCGCUAUAUUAUUGCCUAACUAUGGUGUGAUGUCGUUCAAGCAGAACGCGGACAUGGACGGCUUCGUGCCAAACCUCGAAGCUCGGACGCCCGUCACGGAGGAAGUUUAUGAAGUUCACAUCGUGACGACGCCUGGGGGGGCGCAGUACGACGCCUCGCUCACUUAUUCUAUACGACAGGACACUUUCUCCGUCAGGAUGGACGACAUCAGCCGCACUAACAAGUAUGGAGAUACGUCUAAGUGUAUCAUCAACAUUGACAGUUCACUGAGUAACUACUGCGUGUGUACUGAGUAACUGUCACUACUGGCCUGGCAUGACUGCUCGGUAAUUAUCUGCAGCUACUUUAUGGAAGGUUUCUCAUCGGUCGUUGUAUCAACGAUUAUGGGUGAUAGGAAUUUGAUUUUUUAGUCAAAUUAGUGAGAAUUGCUGCACGAUCUCAUUUCAAAGUGACGGAUCCAGUUAUAAAAUCGGCCAGGGCUUUUUAUCGUCAUUACAUGAAUUCAGAACUACAUUCUGGAUGAGACGCGUUUAUGUGCUUUAAUUUCUAGGAGGAAGGAGUUUGUUCUCUAUCUUCAAUAUAUUUCCUCUAGAUAGUAAUACGCACAAUAAUCUACAAAUAUUCAAGUGCAGUCUUUCAGAAUGGUAGCGUAAUUUUUCGCUUUCACUUCACUUC